AUGAUUACCCUACUUGAAUCUGUUUUCGGAGACCUCAAGCAAAUAACAAAAUACUUGGAGGCAUGUGGGCAGAAGAAAUGGGUUUCGAGACGAUCUGACAUUUUAUAGAGCUCUUCAUUGCGUUCCAAUUGGUUUACUUGGAAUUGUACACAAGAUCCUAGUUUUGAAAAAAAGUAAAAAAAAAAAAACAAGUUAACGGUUUAUUUCGGUGCCAUGCACGUUUCGAAAUUGGCAGUCCCAAAUUUUGGUUGUCUCAAGAAAUGGCAGUUUGAAUGCGAAAUUCAUACUAAAAGGACUAAUUUUAUGACUCGAUUCAAUCUUUUUGGAGAGCGAAGACUUGAGAAGCAACUUAGAAGCGGCGAAAACCAAAUGUAAUCAAACAUCUUAACUCAAUUAUCGAUCGCUCGCUUUUUUUCGCAUGAGAACAUUAGAAAUUUACCCACAUCCGUAAAUACUCAUCUAUUAUCAUGUUAUAAGUUUUGCAGAACCCUAAAAAUGUAUCUACAAUUUGUAAUUGAGCAUCAUCAAACUAAUUAUUCUGUGACCCAACUUGAAAAAAGAUAUGAAAAUUAUUUUUUUUUAUUGCGUUGAAGCUUGAAAGACUUCGAUCUAUCAAGCUUUUUGGGGGAUGAUUUGACUCGAGUUCUGUCGGAUAAAAAGGACCAGAAUCCUCGUUUUCAUUGCGCAACACAGUUAUCGGGUCAAAACGCCAGGUGACAAGAAAGUUUACUUUUUGCAACUAAAAAAAAACGUUGAUGUUUUCUCGUGAAGGAAAAGUUUUUCAAUGUAGAAUUGUCCGUCUUUGCUCUUUGUUCAAGAUGUUCUCUGGUUAGUUUUUCUAUAAUUAUAUUUUCUUAGCGGCAUAAUUAAAAGAACUGGAUCGAGUACCCUCCUUUUGAGCAGCGUCUGUUUCUCGUCCGUCGCGGAACAUUUUGGCGUCGUCUGAUUAGGGGUACUCCAACUCUCGACGGCGUUCUUUGUAGUCGAGUGCGCAUUUUGUCGCAAUCCCAUAUUUCCUUUUUUAAUACUUCGUUUCUUUCCCAUUCUGAUUAACAAAGCGGUACUUCUCCCGAUUCUAAAUUUUUGGGAUUUUUUAUCGAUUUUUUUGUGUUCUCCUAGAUGAUUCUUUUACCAAAAUUACUUAGUCAACUGUUGCUACAAAAACCUUGUCGUCGAAAACUUGAAAAAAAUAAUUUCACUUGGAAAUCGGAAGAAAAGUCUAAAGAAAUUUUUUUGCGUGGCAUCUUAAGCGCCGCUGUGCAAUGAUGGGCGAUGGUGCUUGCAGAAUUUUUUUGACCUUUUUGUUUCAAUCGAUCGGUAAGAUUUUUUUGUCAUUUUUUUCUGUUAUCGGAUGUUUUUUUGUUAAUUUUAUACAAAUUCGCGUUUUACUGGGAAUUCCACCAACCUUUUUUUUCUACCAUUUUCCAAUAACUGUAUUUUUUUCGUGGCAUUUUAUUUACUCGUACUUUUUUUAUUUUUCUCAAGAAGAAUAAUUUUGACAGGUAUUGGUUUCCAUUCAACUUGUGGAAUCAAUCCGCGAGAAUAGAAGCUGGACGUGGCACGUUUUUAUCAAAAGCGAAGAACCCAAAAACAUAAAGAAAGAGGUGAGCAAAAAAAGAUCUUUCAAAUAUACAGUACCGUCAGAAAAGAUAAAAAAAAACACGGGGUUUCAGUCAUACAUUUCUUGUAAGACGUUCAAUUUUUCUGAAACUUUCUGGAGCUCCGUGGACUGUUAUUUUCAACGCUCUGAUGAAGUUUCGAUUCACAGAAAACAAAAGCAGCUCCUAAAACCUUCAGAAAUAUCGAAACCCUUACAAAAAAGCUUCGACCAAAGUGGUUAUGUUCGUAUCUCUUUUUAUGAUUGUAAUUCUCUAUUGAAAUAAAUAGACGAAAUACUUAAAUACUGAUUUCUUGAGAAAAAACCUAUCAACAAUUUUUCGGAAAUGUCAUCCAGUGCUCAGAUUUUUAAGCGGUUAUCGAUUUUUAGUUGUAGAAAAAAAACAAAAUUUCAGACUUGCAAGAGAAGCAGAAAAAGGGAAAACCGGCCCGCGGCUUUUUACUCCAUGAUGGAAGAAGAAAGAACGAAUACGCGAGAGAAUAGAAACGGUGAGCGACUGAGAAUAUUAUGGGAGAAAUGAUAUUUAAUAUAAUUAAAAUGUAUGAAAAAUAUGAUUUUUUUACAGCCGUACCAGACACUGCAACCUUUUAUUAUCAAGUAGGAUGGAUUAAUCUUUUGAUAAAGAAAAGCGUAGCAAAUCUUACUUGAAGUAUUUGUAAUUCGCUCUUAAAUACUCUUUGUAGUUCGCUCUUAAAUACGAUUUUUCUGUUCUUCUUUUUUUCACCUUUUUUUCACAUCAUAAUGAUAUUUUAUUCCAGUUGCUGCAGUCUCUAUAGCAACCGAAGAUGACCAGGAUGGAGAAACUGGAGCUGAAGACCCGACUCCAAUAAAGAAGCUGCGCCGAACGAAAAGGACCCGGAGCUGCUACUCUAGACAAGUAAACCAAUUACUCUCCUUUGAUUCCAUUUGCCUUGAUUUGAGAAAAUCUGACCUGUCUGUGUCUCUUUUCCCUCAUCGGAGAGGUUAUAUAAAAAUGAGAAUAGCCCGGAAAAAUGAGAGUUUUUCUCUGAGUAGUUGUUCUACUCGAUGACGCUCUCAUUUUGACGUGCUAUUUUCAUGUUUCUCUGACCUCGCCGUUGAGAAGAAAGAGGGCGCAGAGAAGUCAGACUGUUUCAAGUUUUAGCGAAUACUUUGUAUUUGUGAAAGAAAAUGAUUAAUUAAAUUUUCUCCCCAUAAACGUGUUUUUUCCUGUUCUUUGCUAAUUUUGCGCUCGGAAUUUCCAAUUUGUAACUUGUCGUAGCUAGAUUCCUAGACGGGACUUUUUCUGGUGGCUUUUUCAGAAUGGUCCUCACUUUAGUCAAGUCAGUUUUUUUUUUCAUAAAAUGAAGUAAACGUAAUAAGCGAGAAAGAAAGUAAGGUCAAACAGAAGUGAUGAGUGAAAAUGAGGGGUUUUAGAUUUUAACCAAAUGUUUUGUUCAAACCAAUCUCGAAAUGGAAAAUAUUGCGUAUUUACGGCGUAAAACGAAUAUGAUUACUCAGUUCUUUUUCAUAGAAUUUGAUCUAUUCACAAUUUUUAUGAACUUGUCUCAAUGUUUCGUUUUUAUUUUUCAAUGAAUGAAUAAUUGUAGAUAUCGGCCAUUUUUCAACGUCAUUUGCCUCGUCCCGUCAAAAAAAAAUUUUUUUGAAAGCCCCCCACUGAAUUCAUGGCCGAAACUUCGAGUCGCUGUGAAAACUUGAAAGGUUUGUUUUUGCCCCUAUAUUGUUAUAUUUUUGCUAAACAACGCAGUUGUUGACGUAAAAUAUUUAUUAUAUAUUAAUUCGGAGAAACGAUCACAUUGCUGUCCCACUUUGCGUUCAUUACUGAAGUUUUAAAAUUUCCACGUGUUCGAAGAUCACGUGGCGAUACAUAAACAGCAGUUGUGAAUCUCAUUCCCAAAAACUUCAUGCGUCCGAGCCGAAGGGAAAAAAUGCUUGCGCUUGUUACUUUUGAUACGGUAGUUAUAUCUUUCUUUUUUGACAAUUCUCGCUCAUUAAACGUUAUUACACGUUUUUUUCACAACAGUUCAUUUGGCGCAGUAGCUCCUUUUUGCCCGGCAACGUCCAUUUUUCAGCAAAGUUCAAUUAAUGAAGGAAUUUCCUUCCAACUAAGUGAUUUAAAUUAUACCUUGAGUACUCACGUUUGCGACCAGGCCAUUUUCCUCUCUCUUCCAAAAAGAUUCGAGGCGAAAAAAAAAAGUCAACCUGAUAAAUGGGGAGUCCUCGGUUUCACUACCCUUCCUAGUCGGUUACUCAAAUAUUGUUUUCUUCUCGCUUCUCAAACAGGGGGAAAAUCAUAGGCGAAUAAGUCAAUUCCCGUCAAAAUUGGAUGGAGAGCGAAAAAAAAAUUUUUUUUCAGCGACGAACUUCAAUGCGGUCAAAGUCGCCUUCGAUGCGCGCCACGACCGUGUUAUCGCGGUCGCGAGAGCAUCCUCUAGUACUCCGGAGCCAACAAUCUCCGCGAACAUAGUGGUGAGCCUCUUUUAGAUAUUCUAUACAUCUUUUCACGUAGAAAAAUUCAUUUUAAUGCGAGUUGGAUUAAUUAUUUCAGCCAACCUGUUUUCCGCAACUUUUCCUUUUCUUCAACCUUCGAUUUUUCAUAUUAUUUGGAGAAAGACGAGUUGAUGAGAAAAUCACUUCUAUUUUCUUCGAAACGAAAUUCGAAUGCCGAGACAAGAGCGAAACCCCCAUUUUCGCGUUUUUUUUUCAAGCAGCUGUCCUAUCAAUCAAUAGAGUUUUCUAAUGGGUAAGAAUGGAUGGUUGAUGAUCGAAACUGCUUCCUGUCGUGUUAUAUUUCAAAAAACUCAGAAGAAAUGAGUAAAAAAAAAACUGCUCGUCGUCAUGGAAUAUUUCAAAGGCAUUUUGAGAAAAUGGGAAAGCACGCGGAAAUGGAGCACGCGCUCCUGUUCUGCAUCAAAACUUGAUCAAAAACGAUUUCUUAAUUUUUAACAUUGUUUUUGUUUCAGACAUGCUGGUAG